AGUCCGGUCACUUGAGUCUCAUGCGACCCCAAGUUCACUUCAAGUCGUCUAAUCGAGGUACACCGACGGGGCGAAAACUGGGGGAACAUGACCAAGAAGUUCGAGUUCAAUUGGCGAAUCGAGGUGCCGGAGCUGCUGAGAAAUGGCUCAGUGUUCGAUCGAUGGUUCGAAGACAAGGAAACGACGGAAUUCGAGCCAAGUUGCAUGUUCAAAGUCGACGAGUAUGGGUUUUUUAUAUAUUGGAAAAGCGAAGGCAAGGAUGGCGAUGUAAUAGAAUUGGCCCAAGUGAGCGACAUUCGUUACGGUGGCACACCAAAGGAUCCAAAGCUGUGCAACAAAGUGGGUAAACACGGGACGAUGGAGCAGGUAGACGAAAAGAGUCUAACCAUAUGUUCAGGCAUCGAUUACACGAACAUCCACUAUCAACACAUUAUUUGUGCCGACGCACAAACCGCUAAGGAUUGGCAAGCUGGUUUGCGAUUAAUCACGCACAACACCAAAGCUUCGAAUGUAUGCCCGACGAUCCAGCUGAUGAAACAUUGGAUGAGAUUGAGUUUUCAAGUGGAUCCCAAAGGAAAAGUGCCGGUGAAAGUUAUAUCCAAAACUUUUGCCUCUGGAAAAACUGAGAAACUCGUGUAUCAGUGUCUUUCUGACUUAGGCUUACCUAGCGGAAAAAGCGACAAAAUUGAGCCGAAAGAUUUCACGUUCGACAAAUUCAAAACCUUAUACUUUAAAAUUUGUCCUCGAAAUGACAUCGAAGAAUUAUUCCAAUCAAUCACGAAAGGACACUCAGAGUCGAUUACUCUGGCUCAGCUGGUGCAAUUCAUGAACGAGAAACAGAGGGAUCCUAGACUGAACGAAAUCUUGUAUCCUCUUUAUGACGAGAAACGAUGCACGGAAAUAAUCAACGAUUACGAGGAGGAUGAGAAAAUGAAAGCUGCGAAAUCUUUAACCAAGGACGGGUUCAUUCGUUAUUUGAUGUCGGAUGAAAAUGCACCCGUAUUCUUGGAUAAACUGGAGGAAUGUAUGGAUAUGGAUCAACCCCUCGCCCAUUACUAUAUCAACUCGAGCCACAACACGUAUCUAAGUGGUAGACAAAUCGGUGGCAAAAGUACUGUCGAAAUGUAUAGACAAGUUCUGCUAGCUGGCUGCAGGUGUGUGGAGCUCGACUGCUGGGACGGAAAGGGAGAAGACGAAGAACCAAUAAUAACUCACGGUAAAGCCAUGUGCACCGACAUUCUUUUCAAAGACGUUAUUUACGCCCUAAGAGACACUGCGUUCGUCACCUCGGAGUACCCUAUAAUUUUGAGUUUCGAGAACCACUGCUGCCUCAAACAGCAAUACAAAUUAGCCAAAUACUGCGACGAAAUAUUGGGCGAUUUAUUGCUGAAGGAACCGCUCAAAGACUACCCACUCGAGCCUGGACAUCCGCUUCCACCCCCGAGCGCACUGAAACGCAAGAUACUAAUCAAGAAUAAGAGGCUGAAACCAGAGGUGGAGAAAGUCGAGCUCGAGUUAUUCCGCUCCGGGCAAUUCGAGGCGAAGGAUGAAGUGGUUGAAGAUCCAAACGCUCCUCCAGCACCACCCAAGGAAGAAGUACCACCUGAAGCACCUCCGCCAGCUGAGGGAGGCGCACCAGGUGAAGGAGGCGCUGAAGGAGAAGCACCACCAAUUCAGUACACUGGUAGCACAAUGGCGUGCCAUCCUUGGCUAUCCUCCAUGAUUAAUUAUGCACAACCAGUGAAAUUCCAGAGCUUCGAAACGGCAGAGAAGAAAAACAUCUACCACAACAUGUCCUCGUUCUCGGAGACCGCCGCACUUAAUUAUCUGAAAACGAAUGCCGUGGAAUUUGUUAAUUACAACAAACGUCAAAUGAGUCGAAUCUAUCCCAAAGGCACACGGGCCGAUUCUUCAAACUACAUGCCUCAGGUCUUCUGGAACGCAGGCUGUCAGAUGGUGGCAUUGAAUUUCCAAACGCCAGACUUGCCUAUGCAAUUGAACCAAGGAAAGUUCGAAUUCAACGCCACGACUGGAUAUUUAUUGAAACCGGAAUUCAUGAGGAGGCCAGACAAGAUCUUCGAUCCGUUCUCCGAAGACGUGGAUGGUGUCAUCACUGCACAGUGUUCCGUUCGAGUGAUAGCAGGCCAAUUCUUAUCUGACAAGAAAGUGGGCACCUACGUCGAAGUAGAUAUGUACGGUCUGCCAGCAGACACUAUUAAAAAGGAAUUUAGGACACGAAUGGUUCCUGCGAACGGUUUGAAUCCAGUUUACAACGAGGAGCCGUUCCUCUUUCGAAAAGUUGUGUUACCAGACUUGGCUGUGCUUAGACUUGGCGUAUACGAGGAGAGUGGCAAACUAUUGGGUCAACGAAUUUUACCGCUGGACGGUCUUCAGGCUGGCUACAGACAUAUUUCGCUAAAAACCGAGGCGAAUUUCCCCAUGGCACUGCCGAUGUUGUUCUGCAACAUCGAGCUGAAGAUUUACGUGCCCGAUGGAUUCGAAGACUUUAUGGCUAUGCUGUCCGAUCCGGGCGCAUUCGGCAAAGGAGCGGAGAAGCAAGCCGAGACGAUGAAAGGGCUCGGGAUCGAGCAAACCGACGCGAAAGCUGAGGCCAAGAAGAAGAAAGAGGAGGAGGCUAAAAAGGAGGAGUACAAACCGGAACCGAUCACAAUCGACUCGCUACGCAAGGAGAAAACCUUCAAGCUCGGGAAAAAGCAGCAAAAGGAAUUGGACACGAUGAGGAAGAAGCACCUGAAAGAACGGCAAACGAUGCAGAAGAAUCAUUGCUCCGCCAUCGAUAAAUUGGUAAAAGGAAAAGACAAAAGCGCGUUAAUCCAGGAUGCCAAUGUGAAGAAAGUUAUCAGCGAGCAGACCGCGCAGUGGUCGGCCAUGGUGGAGAAGCAGAGGAAAGAGGAAUGGGAGUUGCUGAAGACACAUACGGAGACUGCUAGGGAGGAGUUCAAAAAAUUAAUCGAAGUUGUCCAGGCUGGACAGGUUAAGCAAUUGCAAGCGAAACACGAUAAAGAUAUCAAAGAAAUGAACGCGAAUCAAGUGAAAAUAUCCGUAGAGACGGCCAAAGAGGUAAUGAACGACAAGGCGCUAAAGUCAAAAGGUGACAAGGACCGUCGAAUCCGCGAAAAGAAGGAGCAGAACACGAAGAAGUUUAUGCAGGAAAGGAAAAACGUGCAGAUCAAACAAGGCCGUGAAAAGGAAAAGCUGAAAGUCAGCCACGAGAAGCAAGUGGCUGGGCUGGACGGCGAAAUUGACUCGGUAAAAUUUGUUAAUUUUUCCUUUGAAAGUAAUUGUUUCCUUUUCUCCCUAAUAUUAAGCUCGCGACGAGUGUACCGGGUAAGUUAUAUUAUUUAAACAAUAGAAUAUAUUUAACGAACGUUUCUCUGUUGCAGACUAUCGAAAUGUAUAAGAACGAAGCAAUUCAAUACGAUUUAUCGUCCAAAACGGAAUUCUUUGUAUGAAUAUUACAUUCAUACACAUUUUUCUACGAUGGAGAUUUACACUUCUAUUUCUACUUCGUACCUUGCUAUUACACGAUGUUUCAUCGUUUUUUAUUUAUGUUUUAUAUCUGUUAAUCGUUUAUAUACGCGUGAUAUGUUUGAUAAGUCUUAAAAACAAAUGUACAAAUGUGAUUAUAAUACACGAAUAAACAUAAAACGUUA